UGGUGUUUUGGCAAUUGGCUAGUUUAAUAGAUGAACAAUGUACGUUUUGCUAAUAAUUUGUUACAGGAAACAUUGUUACAUAGGAAAAGCAUGACUGUGGAACCAGAUAUUUAUUGGUCAAGUGCAACAGAAGAAAAUGCCGACAAAUUAUCGUUUGUUCCUGGUGUAGAUCUUCGAAACAGAAGCGGAAACAUUAAACCAGAGCCACGAAAAAAAACAGUUUCAUCUUUAAAAAAGGAGACAAAAAAGCAUGCUGUAAGACCUAAUUCGAUUCUAAAGUAUGUUGCUCGUCAAAAAUAAAAGGCAAAGCAAUUGAAGCAAAAGUUAAUGCAGAUGAUGAAAUUUCAUCUUCUUCAAAGCUGGCAUCACUAAGAGAUUUAUGUCCAGAAGACAAAGAGAGAAUCGCAAACCUUGUGAAAGAACUUGCUAAAGCAUCCGAGGAAAAACAAGAAAGUGAAACAAAACUUGGGGAGGAAAGAAAACGGUUUCAUCAACAGUUAAAAGAAUUAAAAGAAGACAAGAAACAAAUUGAGAAUGAGCAGAUGAUGGUUCUGAAGCAAUAUCGAGAGUGCCAAACACUGCUUAGUCAUUACCAAGAGCAAAUAAACCAACAGCAGAAAGAUGUUGCUUCAGAUAUUCAUAAACUGUUAACCACUGUUCCACUUAUUUCAUCAAAUGCAACAUCAUCAGAAUCAAAGUCUAUCCCAACUUCAACUUGUGAACUUCCACACCAUUUAAGACAGCUUUCAAAUGAAAUCACUCAACAACACCGUUCACAUGAUAAUUCAUUUGAAAAGUCUGUAAAAGUUCCUUAUCAAACAAAAGCAUCAUAUGAUCCCAUGAGUUCAAAACGCUCAUCAUAUGAUACAAAUUACAUGGAAGAUCGUUGGAACCAAUCCAUCAUAAAUCCAUCAUCAAUAGAAGACACUGAAACAUAUGUUCAAAACAUGACCAGUGCUUUUGAAGAAAAAGUUGAAAAGUUGAGUCCCCGUGGACGACGUGAAGCACUAAUGGAACAGAAAUUUGCUCUGGAAAAAGAACAAAUUCGUUUGCAACAAAUGCUCUCUGAACAAGAAAAAAUAUUAAGACUUAGACAAAGUGAAUUAAAGAAAACACACAAUGAAUAUUCAACCAAGAACCGAUUAUUUAACAACACGAGUUCCAAUGUAUCCCCAUCAGCAACAUAUGAUGGUAGUACAGAUGUUUACAACAUACGGAGGAAUGAUGAGAUGCCACCACCAGUUAUAACACCUGUGAUACCAAUGUAUAACAAGUCACUUAACAAAAGUUCAUUAAACAUGUCUGAGUAUGACAUAAGUUCUCGUGGACCAGAUCACAUGUAUCAUCAUCAUCAUGAUUACUCAAGUUCAAAGAAAUCACCCCAUGAAAAAUCAUGGUCGGGCAGUAACAGGUAUACCCACACACCAAGAAUUCACCAUUCCUCGCUGCAUAGAUAUCCAAACAUGUCUCUCACUAACGAAAGUACCCGUCAUCUUAGCAACACAGAAGACACAAAUUCUCGUUCUCAAGUUACAAUGAACAACUUGAGUAUGUUAAGUGACUUAGUCGACACUGUCGAUCUAUCCCCACCUAGCGGUAAUGUUUUAAAAUGGGGAGUACUACGUGAAAAACCAGACGCCCCUCUGAUCUCAACCACCUUUGACGCUGAUGAUUCAGAAUUGCUUGAUGAUAUAUUUUUUAUUAAAUAAGCGUAAAACUUUUUUUUCUAUUAUGAAAUCCAGAAACAAAAAAAUAAAACGGUUCCACGCAUAUGGUCUUUAGUCAAAUUCUCAUAGUCAAUACUUUAAGUUGUUAUUGUAGAUAUUUCUGGUAUAAAAUAAACAAAACAUUUGAUCAUGUUUAAA